AUGGCUGAAUCUCGGGGCACGCGUUCGAGGCGCAGUGCCGCAACGGUAGCGUCGGAGGCGAUCUCUGAGAAUGCAUCGUCUCAUAGUGGACGACGCUUGAGCAAGCGCGUGCGCGAGCCUUCCGUAGAGAGUGAUUCGUCGCUGUCGUCGCUGUCGGAUGAAGCGCCACAGCCAAAAAGAACACGCGCAAAGAGCGCGAAUGCGCCGCGCAUAAAUGUUACCGAGCUGGACGACAACGAGUUAUUCAAUGCGGUACGAGUCGCAGAGGCGAGUAUCGAAGAAGCGACGGAAAAUUGGGUUGUGAAUUUUCAAGGUGAGCCGAGCGAAGCGCUAGCGCUUCUUGUUACAUUUUUGCUGCGCCUUUCUGGCUCCGAUGCCAAGGUGGAUAGUGAGAAGGUCAUGGACACGGAGCAUGCCGAAGAUACGCUCGAAGCGAUCCAGGCAGAGUUUUCUCAGAGUGCAGUUGCACAGUAUCCUAUUGUCGCGCGCUCGAAAAACAUGCGAUCCGUGCGCAAGCACGCAGAGUCGCUUGUUGAUCGUUUAAUUAAUGACGCUGGAGAAGCGGAAAUUUUGCAGGAGGUCUACUUUUUGGGUACCCUGCAAACGUGGCUUGUAACUCUCUCUCAGUCUUCUUUGCGCUCCUUCCGGCAUACAGGCACACUGGUCGCGAUGUGGGUCUUGUAUGCAUUCUCUGCACAGCUCGAGCAAGUGCGAGAGAAUCACGAUGUGGCUGUGCGGCAGCGCGACGCAGAGGCGAGGAAAGCUGAAGGCAGCCGAAGCAGGAUGACGCACUCUGCGCAGAAAAUAGAGCAGCUCGAUGUGCUGCGCGAUACGCUCGUUGCGCAAAUCGAUGAGCUUGCAAGCAAUGUUUUUACGCCGCGAUGCCGUGACGUCGACGCGGCGAUCCGAAUUGACUGUAUCCAGCAGCUCGGCGUGCUCCUCACGUCCUUCCCGGCGCAGUACAUGCAAGCAUUUUACUUGCAGCACCUCAACACCGCGCUUUCUGAUCCCGAUACCCACGUUCGGCUGAGUGCGCUGCGCGACGUGCAUGGUGUAUGCACGGCGGAGAACAUGGACGCGCUUGCUGUCUUUGCUGAGACGAGCAGAAAGAGGAUUGUGGAAAUGGCGCUGUACGAUAUGGACUUGUCUGUGCGUACUGUCGCUUUUUCUGUGCUUGAGGCGAUGAACAAGCAUGCGAUGCUGGACAAUGAGCAGCGCAGCACCCUUGCGAUACACAUCUUUGACAUUGACACCAAGAUUCGUGUUGCAGCCGCGAGCUUCCUAGUAAGCUUGCUGUCUGAGUUGGAGAGCAGCGCAAGGAUCCAGCAGCUUGCCGCGCUUCUCGUCCAGUACAAUGCGCAGCUGGAAAAGAUGGGCAGCGAGCAGCAUGUGCCGCCUUCUUCGCCCACUCUGUUUGCACUUGUGCAGCCGCGACUCGGCAGGAUUAGUAUCGCAUUGGAAGCGGUAUGGGAUGCGACAGACUCGGUUCACAGCUGGCAGCCGUACAUUGACCUGGCACUUGACGAAAAAGAACAAGCGGAGCAAGAAUCAGCUAUUGUAGAGAUGCUUGCAGCGGCAGUGCGACUUACCAAGGACCGCGUCACCGAAGAGGAAGUUUCGCCCAUCGAGGCUUGUAGCACUGCAUUGAUGACUGCGUUGCCGAAACUGCUUGCCAAGUUCAGUGCGGAUGCGCCGCGCAUUGCCGACCUAUUGUUGAUCCCACAGCACAUGGACUUGAACGUGUAUCACGAAAGCCGCAAUGUUGAUGCGUUUGAGCGCUUGUGGGAAGAUGUGUGCGCGCAUUUUAUGCGCCAUGCUGAGCCUUUAUUGCUUCACAACGCCGCAGACUCGCUUCGGCACCUCGCUGCUGCGCCGGUAGCAGUUAGCACAGGCAGUGCGAAGCUCGGCGCACUGCAAGAAACGGUGCUUGAUAAGCUGCAGGGUACGCUGCACGAGCGUACGAUCGAUACCACGCUUUUCACAGAGGACGAUGUACACAUUAUUCAAGCGAGCCUUGCGCGUCUGUGUGCAUUGAUGAAAGCAAUGGACGCAAGCGCAGCAUUGGAUGGUGCGGCUGAAUGGCACAUUGUCGUUCAGCUGGCGCGACGAGGCCGUCUCAUGCACGCGCAAGAGCAAGACUUUGCCUGCCUCGCACUCCAAACACUUUCGCUCUACCUGUUUUGGCGCGCAAAGCAGGUGCUCGAUGCGCCAGACCCAGCACAGAUCGAGACAGUGGGGCAGCGCCGCGACGAACUGCUUUCUGUUUUUGCGGAACUUAUGGCGCUGGAGGGCGAAGGCACACGCAGUGUCCAGGAAGUGGCACUGCAAAAUACAUGCAUGAUCUUUACACUUUUCUUCUCCGUUCAAACGCUGGAAGGGGAAGAGCAAGUGGCGCAAAGGUUGCAGCUCGCGCCUUCCGACUCGGCCCAGCAGAACUGUGCGCAUACCAUGCAGUCGCUGCUGGAGCACUACCUCGCCACAUUUCGUGCGGAAUCGGAACAGAAUGUGGCUGUGAAUGCGACCCAGCAUGCCCAGCGAAAAGUCCCACGCAACAACGUCGUUCCAGGCGCAUCGCCGGCAUUGCUCGAGACGGGCCUUGUGGUAUGCGCUGCUGCGUCUCCCUAUGUGGCGGCCUUGCGUGUAGGCGCGUUUGGCGUUGCCUAUGCAGCAACGCUCUUGCGCUACUAUGCCUACUUGAACGCAAGUUUUGAUGCACUCUGCCACGAACUCGUCUCGGUGCUCCGCGACGAUGGAUUGCAUGCCAAGCGCGGCUGGCUUGUUUGCGAGACAAUACUGGAUGCACUGAAGCAAAGCUUUGGGCUCCAUCUUUUGUAUGCAGACGAGGCGAGCGAGGCGCAUUUUGCCGCACUCUCGCGGCAGCUUGCAAAUGCAACCAUGGUCCGUGGCCCGGGCUUUUCUGUGGUCGAGGCGAUUGAUGCGGACGCCAUGGUAACGCUCCAUGUCGCUGGCAUCCAGCAGGUGUUGCAGUACAUCAUAGAUGGCACGUGUGAUCAAGCGCGAGCUGUGGUGUUUUUCAAGGGUCUCUCGAACCUGCUCUCGACAGUGACACCAGCGGAUGCGAUCAAAAUUCAUUCUGUGCUGCACCAACGCUUCGCUGCGGCACACGUCGAGGCCAAUGCGCGCGAGAAACAGUGGGAUCCCUACUAUUCGUACGAAAAACGCCUAUUAAACCUUGCUGCGAAGGACCCAAAGAUUGUCAAGGAAGCCGAUCAUGUUGCUUAG